GCCUCCGGCACCCCGCCGCCGCCGCCGCCGCUGCAGCCGAGCGUCUCCCCCGUCCGCGUCCCGCGAGACCCGGCGGGGGUCGGGACCUCCCCGCGCUGCCCCUCGGAACCCCGCGGCCGCUCGUUCCGCGCCGCCUCCUCCGGAUCCUGCCUUCCAUCCAAUGAGCCGCGCGCCUCUGCCCAGCGCCGCCAACUAAAUCGGUUUGGAUGAUUCGUGACCUGAGCAAGAUGUACCCGCAGACGCGACACCCGGCACCGCAUCAGCCUGCUCAACCCUUUAAAUUUACCAUUUCUGAGUCCUGCGAUCGGAUUAAGGAAGAGUUUCAGUUUUUACAGGCUCAGUACCACAGCCUGAAGCUGGAAUGUGAGAAACUUGCCAGUGAGAAGACAGAGAUGCAGCGGCAUUAUGUCAUGUAUUAUGAGAUGUCCUAUGGGUUGAAUAUAGAAAUGCAUAAGCAGGCAGAGAUCGUCAAGAGGUUAAAUGCAAUAUGUGCUCAAGUCAUUCCUUUCCUGUCUCAAGAGCACCAGCAACAAGUGGUGCAGGCUGUGGAACGGGCCAAGCAGGUGACCAUGGCAGAACUGAACGCCAUCAUUGGGCAGCAACAACUCCAGGCCCAGCAUUUAUCACACGGACAUGGUCUACCAGUGCCUCUGACCCCACACCCUUCGGGAUUGCAGCCCCCAGCCAUUCCACCCAUUGGGAGCAGUGCGGGGCUCCUGGCCCUCUCCAGUGCCCUGGGAGCCCAGUCCCAUCUUCCCAUUAAAGAUGAGAAGAAGCACCAUGACAAUGACCACCAAAGAGACAGAGACUCCAUCAAGAGCUCCUCGGUAUCCCCAUCAGCCAGUUUCCGAGGUGCUGAGAAGCACAGAAAUUCCACUGACUACUCUUCCGAUAACAAGAAACAGAAAACUGAAGAAAAGGAAAUUGCAGCUCGUUAUGACAGUGAUGGAGAAAAGAGUGACGACAACUUGGUGGUUGACGUUUCCAAUGAGGAUCCAUCUUCCCCCCGAGGGAGCCCAGCACAUUCCCCCAGAGAGAAUGGCCUGGACAAGACACGUCUGCUCAAGAAAGACGCUCCUAUCAGUCCAGCCUCCAUCGCAUCCUCCAGCAGUACUCCUUCCUCAAAAUCCAAAGAACUUAGCCUUAAUGAGAAGUCUACUACUCCAGUUUCAAAGUCCAGUACCCCUACUCCACGGACUGAUGCUCCUACCCCAGGUAGUAAUUCCACUCCUGGAUUGAGGCCUGUACCUGGAAAACCACCAGGAGUCGACCCUUUGGCCUCAAGCCUGAGAACUCCAAUGGCAGUCCCUUGUCCAUAUCCAACACCAUUUGGGAUUGUGCCCCAUGCGGGUAUGAACGGGGAGCUGACCAGUCCUGGAGCUGCCUAUGCGGGUCUCCACAACAUCUCCCCGCAGAUGAGUGCUGCGGCAGCUGCGGCUGCUGCUGCUGCUGCCUAUGGAAGAUCACCAGUGGUUGGAUUUGAUCCCCACCAUCACAUGCGUGUGCCAGCCAUACCACCAAAUCUGACAGGCAUUCCAGGAGGAAAACCGGCCUACUCCUUCCAUGUCACAGCCGAUGGGCAGAUGCAGCCUGUUCCUUUCCCCCCCGAUGCCCUCAUUGGACCUGGCAUCCCCCGGCAUGCUCGUCAGAUCAACACCCUGAACCAUGGGGAAGUGGUUUGUGCAGUGACCAUCAGCAACCCCACCAGACAUGUAUACACCGGGGGGAAGGGCUGCGUCAAGGUCUGGGACAUCAGUCACCCCGGCAACAAGAGUCCCGUCUCUCAGCUCGACUGUUUGAACAGGGAUAACUACAUUCGCUCGUGUCGGUUGCUCCCUGAUGGCCGCACCCUCAUAGUGGGCGGGGAAGCCAGCACCCUGUCCAUCUGGGACUUAGCUGCCCCCACGCCACGCAUCAAGGCGGAGCUGACAUCCUCUGCUCCUGCCUGCUACGCCCUAGCUAUCAGCCCUGACUCCAAGGUGUGCUUCUCUUGCUGCAGUGACGGCAACAUUGCUGUGUGGGACCUGCACAAUCAGACGCUCGUGAGGCAAUUCCAAGGCCACACAGAUGGGGCCAGCUGUAUUGACAUUUCUAAUGACGGCACCAAGCUCUGGACAGGUGGCCUAGACAACACAGUCCGGUCCUGGGACUUACGGGAAGGGCGGCAGCUACAGCAGCACGACUUCACCUCACAGAUAUUUUCUUUGGGUUACUGCCCAACUGGAGAGUGGCUCGCGGUGGGGAUGGAGAACAGCAAUGUAGAAGUGCUGCACGUCACCAAGCCAGACAAAUACCAACUCCAUCUACAUGAGAGCUGUGUGCUGUCUCUGAAGUUUGCUCACUGUGGCAAAUGGUUUGUAAGCACUGGAAAGGACAACCUUCUGAAUGCCUGGAGAACACCUUAUGGGGCCAGUAUAUUCCAGUCCAAAGAAUCCUCAUCGGUGCUUAGCUGUGACAUUUCUGUGGAUGACAAAUACAUUGUCACAGGCUCUGGGGAUAAGAAGGCCACUGUUUAUGAAGUCAUUUAUUAAGGACAAGUCUUCAUGCAAACUGGACUCCUUCUCCUUGUAGCACUUUGUUCUGUCAUCCUUUUUCUUCUCUUCUCACCCUCUUCCCCAACUCAAACCAAGGAUUUCAAAUACUAUAACAGUUGUGGAGUUGAAUCCCCUUCCUUCAUCCCUGCCUCCUCCUUGCUAUUGAAUUGUGAAUACUCAUUAAGAACCUGUGAUACCAAAUCUUCAGCUAUCUCCUUGGACGAACAUGGAAUAACCAUACUUAACAGUGAACAGAAUCUUUAAUUAUGUAUUAUAUCUGUAAUAUAUUUAUUUUGUUUAAAGAAGGCUUUCUAACAAUGAUUGACUAAAUAAAGCUGUCUGCUCCUGCAUUGAAAA